AUGAUGAAAUUUACAUGGCGCGGCUUUAAUUUCACACGUACAGAUAUUUACUUUGAUUUGGAAGUUGUUUCAAUCGAAGGAGCACCAGCUCAAUCAUUUUAUUUUCAAUUAAUUCCAUCAGUUGGUACCAUCAUUGCUUUUUCAAUGUUAGCUGGUUUCAUAGUUUUAGUUAAAUUCAUCAUUAAACGUUAUCCAGAUGAAUCAAAUUCUAAAAAACCAGCCCCAGGUAAACCAAAGAAAACAAAACUAAAACUAAAAUAA